CGGUUGUCUUUUGUGUAAUGUAGACCAAUUCAAGGCUAUAAAUGACGAGGGGAUGCCAAUGUACCAGAGGCCAUUCAUGAAGGGUAAAUUAUACAUUCAUUUCACUGUUGAAUUUCCGGACUCCUUGAGCCCAGAACAAUGCAAGGCUCUGGAGACUGUGCUGCCCCCAAGGUCAGGACAGCAGCUUACAGACAUGGAAAUAGACGAGUGCGAGGAGACCACGCUGCAUGAUGUUAACAUUGAGGAGGAGAUGCGCCGCAAGCAAGCACAGGCCCAGGAAGCAUAUGAUGAGGACGACGAUAUGCAUGGUGGUGCCCAGAGGGUGCAAUGUGCGCAGCAAUGAUGUGGCUGCUGCUUUAACAAAUUAUUUGAUAAAAUAAACAGUUAAUUUGAUUCUCGUUUUAUUAGUAGGGAUUUUAUUCUCAUAGUAGGGAUUUUAUUCUCUGUCAUAGGGCUAUUAGAAUCUUGUCUUUCUGGUUUGGAUUUUUUACUUAAAUGCUUGCAAAUGGUUGUGCCUGGAGUUGAGAAAUUGUAACUCUCAGACCUAUUAAGAAAUAUGCAUGUUUUCUCCAUC